CAGUGUUGAUCUUGUAUCCCCGGCUAAGCAGUGCAGGAGGAAGGAGUUCGGUUAAAAACUGUUUAAAAAAAACACCACCAAAAGAAGUAUUUACAGUUUAUUUACUCCACGUGGUGAUUUAGAGGGGGUGAAACGACGAGAGAUGGAAAUCGGGACGGAGAUCAGCAAGAAAAUACGGGCGGCCAUUAAAGGGAAGCUGCAGGUUGGGGCGUAUGUGGAUGAGGAGCUUCCUGAUUAUAUUAUGGUGAUGGUGGCUAAUAAGAAAAGCGCUCAGCAGAUGGCUGAUGAUCUCUCACUGUUCCUGGGCAACAACACCAUCAAAUUCACUGUGUGGUUACAUGGAGUUCUGGAGAAGCUCCGAUCAGCUGCAGUGGAGCCCGCCUCUCUCCACACUAAGCCCCUCCCCCUGGAAACCAGCGUGUCCAGUCGAGAGGAGCGUAAAGGGGAGGAGUCUCGGUCUCUGGCCGUGUCCAGCUCACGCUCUGAUAGGUUAGAAGGACGAGUCUCUAGCUCCGCCCACGAGCAUCAUGGACGGAGAACGUCCUCUGACCACUCGUCCUCCAGACUGACCUCCACAGUGAAGCCUCUGCUCGAACACUCGGCCGAAGCAGUCAUUGACAUCAAACCUAACCUGGAGGACGAUGACCUCAUCACCCACGACCUCAUCACCCACGACCUCAGGGUCCCUGCCUCCGUGAAACCCCGGCCCUUAACCGGCCGGUCGUCCAGUCGUGGCUCAGGAAGAGCCGAGGAGAGUUACAGGCUGCCUGAGGUCAUGAGAGGUCAGGACAGGUCGAGCUUGGUUUAUGGGCGGAGCUACAGAGACGGAACCAGUAAGGACGAAACAUCGCGGAAGAGGAAAGCCCCCGUGGCGAGCUCGGUGGUCCGCAUUCAGAAAGCUCAGGAGCGAGGAGAAGAGAGCGAGGAGGAGGAGGAAGACGAUGAAGAUUACGGCGUCCAGAGUCGAGUUUCUCUCCCACCCAAACCUGAGCGCAGACCAUCUCUGCCUCCAGCGAAACAAGCUAAUAAGAAUUUAAUCCUGAAGGCCAUUUCAGAGGCUCAGGACUCCAUCAGCAAGACCACGACUGCGUACACCAUCCCGCAGCGGCAGACGGUUCCUGUGGCGCCGAGAACCCGCGCGGGGAGCGGCCCUGUGAACCGAGCCACCAUCCGAAUGGUCCAAGAGCACCUGCAUGAGCUCCUCCCACAGGAAGCACAUUACUCACGCCCACACGUUCCUUCUCGUUCUUUGGCGUCAAGACUGCAGCAGGAGGUUCCAGAAGACAAGAGCAGGGAGCAACAGCUUGAGCUGCAGCUGUUGGAGCCGUUGAGACUGAAGGCCCUGGAUACUCGCUCCUUCAUCAUGAGGAAGCCAGAGCUGGAACAGAGUCCUCCAAUCAGGAGCAGGCAAGAGCUCGUCCCUCAGGAGGAGGCUCCGCCCACCACACCACGUACAGUACAGGCCAGAGAGAAAUGUGAGAGCAGUCCGAAGUUCAUCGUGACGUUAGAUGGAGUUCCGAGUCCUCUGGCCACGCUCACUGAUCACGACAUGGACACUGAGCACGUCCCCAACACCACCACCAUCAUCCCCUCACCACCGGUUCAUCUCACCAUGACCUCUCACCUCAUACACGGUGUACACACACACACACACACACACCUCACCACCGGUUCAUCUCACCAUGACCUCUCACCCCUCACGGUGUGUACACACACACACACACACACACACACACACACACACACACACACCUCACCACCGGUUCAUCUCACCAUGACCUCUCACCCCUCAUACACGGAUGGGAUGAUGAUGAACGAGGGAGAGGGAGAAGAACCGAUGGAUGAGGAACCGGUGCAGGUGAAGAGACAGAAGGUUCCGGAACGCUGCAGGUUCUGGCCGGUGUGUAAGAGCGGAGACGAGUGUGUGUACCUUCAUCCUACAACACAUUGCAGGAAGUUUCCCAACUGUGUGUAUGGAGAAAAGUGUUUGUUCAUCCAUCCCAACUGUAAAUACGACAGCAAGUGUUCCAAACCCGACUGUCCAUACACACACGCCAGCCACAGAGCCCUGCUGCAGCCUCCUAAACCAGCAGCUGCUCCUCAGUCGGACAGUGUGUGUCGUUUCUUUCCUGAGUGUAAGAGGACCGACUGUACAUUCUACCACCCUAAACCAUGCCGCUUUGCAUCACACUGUAACCGUUCAGGAUGCACUUUCUACCAUCCACCAGCCUCUGUACCACCCAGACAUGCCCUCAAGUGGACUAAAGCACAGACCAGCUAAAGAGGACGUUCGGCUCCUGACCCCUGCAGAACCUCAGGAUUUGUUUUUUAUUAUUUUGUUGUUCAUUCUGUUUUUGAAGGUGUUGAUCUGAAACUGUUUUUUUUUUGUAGUUGCUUCAUCGCGGCAUUAAACACCAUUUUGAUCUAAA